GUUCAAGUACGGUAAUGCUGAUGCGAUUUGCUACCAAACUUUGAAAGUCUGGCAAAACCUGAAGAAUUUGGUGGGGAGCAGGCCGAUCGGUAUAUAAAGCAGUCCGAAAUAACGUUGGGCAUCAUCAGUCGCUCAGUCGAUUUAACCAAGUUAACCAAAUCUUCUCAACAAUGGCCUUCAAGUUCAUCGUCUUUGCUGUCUUUAUAGCCAUUGCCAAUGCUGGAUUCAUCCCAACUCAACCUUUGACUUACGCCUCUGGUGUACCCUUAGCUUACUCUGCUCCACUAGCUGCUGCCCCAGUGGCUAAGGCAGUAGUCGCCGCUCCCGUGGCUAAGGCGGUAGUAGCCAAAGCAGUCGACGCCGACUAUGAUCCUCAUCCUCAAUACAGCUAUGCCUACGACGUGCACGACAGUCUGACCGGUGACGCGAAAAGCCAACAGGAAACUCGCGACGGAGAUGUCGUCCAGGGCAGCUAUUCCCUCAUCGAUGCUGAUGGAACCAAACGCACCGUCGACUACACCGCUGACCCAGUCAACGGAUUCAACGCAGUCGUCCGCAAAGAAGCAGCCGCUGUUGCUGUGAAAGCCGUUGCCGCAGCUCCAGUCGCUGCAGCCCCGGUCGCUGCAGCACCGGUUGCCGUGAAAACCAUCACUGCCGCCCCCGUCGCCCAUGCUCUUCCUCUCAGCUAUGCAGCAUCCGCUCCAGUGAUCAGUGCACCGAUCGCCAAACUCGCCCCUGUAGCCCAUACUCCUCUGGCAUAUGCUGCUCCAGUUGCUAAAGUUGCCGCCCCAGCACUCGCUGUUGCGCACGCCGCCCCAGUCGCCUAUUCCGCGCACCCCGCCCCUCUUGCAUACGCCACACACACAGCCCCUCUCACAUACGCUGCACAUGCAGCUCCUAUUGCCAAGUUGACCACCGCCCCAGCCCUUAGCUAUGCCGCACCCGCCCACUACUUCUAAAACCUUUUCUCGCGUCUUGUCCGUUAUGCUGUCGACAGGCUGAAUCUUUUUUAUUUAUUUUUUUAGCAGAAUUUUUUGUAACUUGAUUAAAAAAAAACUCGUUACAAACAUAA